UUCUACCUUACAUUCCCCCCAGGAGCACGCUGUCCUGUCCCAGCUGAACACCAUGCGGCUGCAGAGUCAGCUGUGUGACGUGACCGUGUGGGCAGGCGGACAGAAGUUCCACUGUCACCAGGCCGUCCUGGCCGCCAGCAGCGGACACUUCCACAGCAUCUUUGUACAGGGAGUGCUCUGCUUCCCCAAGAAACCCACAAACGAAACCCUGGACCUGAGCUUUAUCUCCGCAGAGGUCUUCUCCAUCAUACUGGACUACAUCUACACGGCGAACAUCCACUGUCCCACCGGGAUCGUGGCGGACGUUCUCCAGGCCGCGAAAACGCUGGAAAUAGAACCGUUGACGACGCAGCUACCCGCGUUUGUGGGAGGUGCCACACCGAUAAGUGGCUUGAACAAUACCAGUGUACCCAGUGUGAGUGUGGAGAAACCCCCUCCCUCCAGCAUAACGUCUAGUGUGGGAGGAUCAAAACUGAAUGUUCCAAAUUCCUUGGCGGAGAUGUUGAGUGAGCAAGAGGAAAACACGGACCAGCCAGCCGGCCAAAGUGCGAUGGAAGAUGUGGUUGUCAAACAAGUUGAGGAUGCUGAGUUCAGUCAAAUUUUGGACUCGAUGAUGAGUGAAACGGAGUCCAAGAGCGAAAAUGGUGUCGGCAAUUUGGUGGACUAUUUUGGGGCUGCCGACACGAGCGAUGACUCUGGCGAUGAAGGCGAUCAGGAAGAAGAGCAGGAAGAAUCAAGCAGUGACAACAGUGAUGAUGAUGACGACGAUGAUGAUAAUGAUGAUGACAACAAUAAGGAUGGUGCAGACUCUCAUGGUGUUUGGAUGCCAAUCAUAAAGGAAGACCCUGGUCCUGAUCCGAUCCCUUUCACUGCAGUUCCAGGCAUCAAGCACCCUCCCCCUCAGGACUCCAAACCCAUUGAUUACUUCAAUCUCUUCUUCACGGCAAACAUUGUCGCUAAGAUUGUCUACGAGACCAAUCGUUACGCCCAGCAGUGGAUCGUUGCGCACCGGGACUACCUUCUUGAGAAACAGCGCUCCGUCGUUCACCAGUGGCAAAAGAUUGGCCAAACUACAGCAGAGGAGUUCAGGGCAUUUCUGGGAGUUGCUCUGAACAUGGGGCUGGUGAAGAAGUCCACCAUGAGCAGCUACUGGGACAGGGCUCACAAGUGCCAGGCAACGCCGUGGUUCACUGAGCAUUUUUCGAGGGAUCGCUUUGAAUUACUCCUAAAAUUCCUUCACUUCAACAACAUUGCUAGGCAGCCUCCCCCUGCUGACCCAGCACACAAGCUGUACAAGAUAAAGCCCAUUGUGGAGCACUUCAACAGGGUCUUCCUCCACCACUACCAUCCUGGCAUGGACAUUUCAAUCAAUGAGAGCUCAAUGGGAUUCAGAGACCAAGCACCCCAUCCGACCCAGUUCAAGGCCCAGAAGCGCCAUGCCAAGUUUGGAAAGAAGCUGUGGUGCGUGUGUGACAGCCUGACUGGCUACACCUCCUUCUUUGAGGUUUACACGGGAAGGGAUUCGGCAGCGCCUGCUGACCCCCACGGGUCGAUGUACGCCAUGGUGAUGAGACUGAUGACUGCCUGUGACUUCCUUCACUGCGGACACCACGUUGGAAUAGACAACUUCCUCUCCUGUCCUGAUCUCUUUUUUGACCUGUACAAGCAGGGGACAACGGCUACUGGAACAGUCAGGUCGGACAGAAAGGGCCUGCCCCAACCAGCUGUCAACCAGAAGAUUAAAAACAACCAGACUGCCGAGCGACGCAAAGGGCCCCUCCUCUGUGUGGUGUACAAGGAUGGGAGUAAGUUUAAACAGCCAGUUGUCCUCCUGAGCACCGCUGUCGCCGGGGGAUCCCAAGCUGUUGUUACACAGAAGGGUAGGCAGGUGCAAAGGCCCAAGGUGGUCGUCAAGUUCAGCAAGGCGGUAGGAGGUGUCGACUUGGGCGAUGCCACGCUCACGAAUCUCUCAGAUAGGCGGACCAUGAAAUGGACCAACAAGGUGUUCUUCGCGAUCUUUGGGAGGGCUGUGCUGAACAGUUUUGUCCUGUAUGACCAGCACAGCUCCGAUAACCCCAAGCUCAGCAGACACCAGUUCAUGUUGCAGCUUGUGGAGAGUCUUGCAGGCAGCUACUUCCCACCCAACGCUGUGCGCCCACCGCGCCGUACACCAAGCCAGAUCAGACAGGACAGGGAAAUGCCAAAUGUGCAAGGAGCUUCUGCCCAGGUCGAGUCUGGUACUGCAGGAGGCCCAGGUGGCCAACAUUGGCCCAGGAAGCUGCCGAAGGGCAGGCUGAGAAACUGUGUGGCAGGUCACCCGACCAGGACCAGAAGCUCGUAUGAAUGCCCAGCCUGUAAUGUGGGGCUCUGCAUCAAGUGCUUUCCUACUUAUCACGAAAGAUAA